UUGGACUUUGGAUUUGGGCCCCCAAACCCCUUUCUCCCCUGCCAAUCUUCUCCGUGCCGAAACCUCCUUUCCCUCUCUCUCCACACCCCCACGCCCCCCUCUUUUUCUUUUAAGCACAAAGCACAAAGCGCAUGAAAUUACUUCGCUGUACUUUUGCCCAUCCUGAAGCUUCCCCGUUAACCUUAUCAUUAUCAUCCUGUACAAUUUACUGUUAACUAAUCUAAACACUUCUACGUCAAGCCAAUAUUUCAACAUAUAUUGGCGCCUUUGAGCUCAAGAAAGCGAUGCUAUGCUUUCGCUUCUGAGGAAUCCACAUUGAUAUGUAUAGAACUCUUGGUAAGCAUCGACUCAUAUACCGUGCCCGCAUGUCAAAUUACGUGAAGACCGGCCUAGUGAACGAAGCACUCCAGGUGUUCGACGAAAUGACUCGGUCAGACUGCAGAGUUUUCAGCAUUGAUUACAACAGAAUAAUUGGCGUUUUGAUUCGUAACUUGCGUUUUGAUUUAGCAGAAUGCUACUAUCGUGAAAUGAAGCCUAUGGGGUUUUCCUUAAAUUCAUUGACAUAUUCAAGAUUCAUUUGUGGUUUGUGUAAAGUUAAGAACUUUGAUCUUAUUCAUAGGCUUCUUAAUGACAUGGAUAUGGUUGGUAUAGUCCCUGAUUUUUGGGCUUAUAAUACGUAUUUGAAUCUUUUGCGCAGUGAACAUUUGGUUGAAAUUGCUUUGGAGUUGUUUAGAAUAAUGGGAGCAAAAGGGAAAGAGCCUGAUGUUGUGAGUUAUACCAUUCUUAUUAGUGGGCUGUGUAGGAUUGGACGCUUCGAUAAUGCUGUUGAAAUGUGGCAUACAAUGAUUAGGAAAGGAUUAAUUCCAGACAAUAAGGCUUGUAAAGCUCUUGUUUUCGGCUUGUGCGGGAGUGGUAAGGUUGAUUUGGCUUAUGAGCUGACUUUGGGUAUUCUAAGGGGUCAAGUCAAAUUCAACACGGAAAUUUACAAUGUGCUGAUACAUGGGUUUUGUGGAGCUGGUAGGAUUGACAAAGCACAAGCGAUUAAAACGUUCAUGAGGAGAAACGGAUGUGAACCAGAUUUAGUUACUUAUAAUGUGUUCUUGAAUUAUUGUUGUAAGGAGCUUAUGUUGGAAGAGGCGGAGAAGUUGAUAGAGAAGAUGGAAGGAAUUGGGUUGGAACCUGAUUGUUACAGCUAUAACCAGCUUCUUAAAGGUCUCUGCAAAGCCAAUAGAUUGGAUAAGGCUUAUAAGCUAAUGACUCACAAGAUGGAGGCCAAAGGCUUGGUAGAUGUUGUAUCUUAUAAUACUAUUAUUAGAGCGCUCUGCAGGACAGACUGCAGUAAGAGGGCAUACAAUCUCUUCGAGGAGAUGGAGCAAAAAGGAAUUGUUCCUGAUGUUGUAACUUUUACAAUUCUUAUAGAAGCUUCUCUAAAGGAAGGCAAUUCCAGUGUAGCCAAGGCACUUUUUGAUCAGAUGAUCAGCAUGGGCUGUUUUCCAGAUCGUGUACUCUACACUUCUAUUAUAGAUAACCUGUGCAAGACAGGUAAAAUAGGGAUGGCUGAGAGCAUUUUCCAUGAUAUGGUGGAACAGGGUGUUGGGGCUGAUGUUAUCUCGUAUAAUGCACUAAUCAGCGGAUUUUGCAAGGCUUCUAGAGUAAAUGAAGCUCUGCGUCUUUAUGAAGAUAUGCAAGCUAGAGCUUUGGAUCCAGAUGAAAUCACCUUCAAAUUGAUUAUUGGAGGCCUUGUACAGGAGAAGAACCUCUCAGUGGCUUGUGCAAUUUGGGAUCAAAUGAUGGAGAAGGGCUUUACACUUGACAGAGAUUUAUCGCAGACUCUAAUUAAUGCAAUCAACUCAUAGGUUGCGCCAUACCAGAAAUGGUUGACUUGAUCUGAAUCCUUCCCAUGGGCAAAUUUCGAUUGGAUUUGCAGCUCUCAGAACUCAGUAGACCUUCUGUUCUUCUCAAGGAAAUGCCUAAGUCACCCAAGGUCUCCUUAAGGUAAUUGGCCACCAAUUUUUGUUGAAGGAGGUUGAAUUUUCAUAUACCAGGUCACAAUGGUAAACAAACUGGUCAAGCUUCUUGGAAAAAAGAGGAAAGUGUACAAUGGAUUCUUUUCACCAUGCUAACAGGAAAUACUAUUCAAGAGCUUGUGGAGAAGGUGAGUGUUUUCUGAACUUCGUCAACACAAGCACAUGGCGGACGCUAUUGUUUGCUAGAAAGUUGACAGUGAAGGAUACGGGAGGAUGCCCGCUGCAUGAUGUUCUGCAGUCCAAGUGGAUUUUCUUCUCGAAUAACUGGUUGAAUAGGUGGAAAUGUUUUUCAAAUUCUAGCCGUGCUACUGAAGGAGCAAUUGCUGUCCCUCCAGGACGAAUUAAAAGAAAAGUCAGAGACAGGGAAAACUCUGAAAGUAAAGCGAGCCCAUUUGUUUUGCUCAUUAUGCGGAUUGAGGCAUGAAAGGUGGAAAGCUGGUUUAAGAGAUUUACUGCUGAUUUUAGUUAGUCUUUUGUUUGUCAUAUUAUUCUGUAGUGAAGAGUAGUAGAUGAUUAAGAGAGUUGAGGACUCGUGUCUUGCAAUUGGCUCCCUACAAAUUGGCAAGGAUGAAAUGAGGAUGUACAUUGGAGGAUCUGGAAAGGAACAAUUUUGUUGACAACGCUGUUCCUGAUCUUUGAGUACUGCUCUUACCAUCCUGUAUGAGCGUUGGAGAUUUGUGGGCACAAAAAGAAUUUUGGAAUCACUAUCUUAUGGAUUAAGGUUUUGUCGGACAUCAAAAUCAUCAACAUGCUUCUUUAACGAGGAUGUGCUCCUGCGUUGCUUUCAUUUAUUCAACCAUACAUGUGACUUAACUCUGGCGUUUGCCUUAACAAUUAGACUCCUCUCUCAUGCGCUGUUGGCAGGCAUGAAAAGAGUAGUAUUAUUUAUAAGUUUUUGA